CGUGAGUCCUGAUGCAAUUGACUCAAGAAGGCGCGUCAGCGCAGGAUAGGGGACACUGUAACACUUCAGGAGGAAUGAACGCGAUCGAACGUAGUCAGCGAAUACUGGUGUUGGAUGGCGGGCUGGGGACAACGCUGGAGGACCUAUUCCAGCGGGACAUAUCCUCCCCUCUCUGGUCCGCAAAGCCGGUCGACCAAGACCCCGAGGUGAUUAUCCAGGCGCACCUCGCCUUCCUGCGCGCGGGCACGGACGUCAUCCUUACCUCUACGUGCGUCGCCGGCCUUGCCUCUCCAGCUCGCCGGCACCUGAUCUGACGGAACAUGGAUGCGUCCUUGGUGUGCAGAUAUCAAUGUGCGUUUGAGACGUUCGCCGCAGCGGGUCACAGCCGAGAGGACGCCGUCAGGAUCAUGCGCAAGUCGGUCAAGCUUGCACACGAAGCGCGAAGACGAUUCUGGGAAGGGGGACAAGCUGCAGACCGGGAAAAGAGAGCAGUCAAGAUCGCACUUUCCAUGGGCCCCUUCGGUGCGACACUGAGUCCCGCGCAAGAAUUCGACGGGCUUUAUCCACCGCCGUACGGUCCCAAGGGUUACACCACAGACUCGGAAGACAGGAACAUGAACGCGUUUCCUGACACUGUGGAAGGCCAGAGGCUCGCAGCAGAGUCGAUAGAAAAGCUAGCAGAGUUCCACUUCGGCAGGCUGCAGGUCUUCGCAGACGACGCAGAGACGUGGGAGAUGAUAGACCUGGUGGCUUUCGAGACGGUGCCGCUGAGCAGGGAAAUCAAAGCGAUCAGGAGAGCAGUGGGCAAGUUGCAACGGGAGUUGGCAGGACGAGGGACGGAAACAAAGCGGUGGUGGGUGAGCACGGUCUGGCCAGAUGGCCGGUGUCCGGAAGAGCGGAGACCGGGAGGGGAUAGGGUCUCGCCUCGGGAGGUGGUACAUGCACUCCUUGAUGAAGAUGGCGCAGGGACAUUCCAGGGAACACCGAGGCCAUGGGGAAUAGGCAUCAACUGUACUUCGCUCGACCAUCUUGCCCCGCUCCUCAUCGAGUUCACCAACGCGACUUGCAGUUUCUCCUCCUCGGCGUCCCAAGCAGACGGCCUGGCUUGUGGUCUAUCCGAAUGGCGGCGAUACGUACGAGUCGGCGACGGGUGGGCACUGAGGUACUGGGAGUUCGUGAAGACAGCGGUUGAGGACGGCAGCGUGUGGAGCGGCGUUGUAGUGGGAGGAUGCUGUAGGACCGGUCCAGCCGAGAUAGAGGCGUUGGCAGACAGAGUCAGAGACAAAGUUAGUACUUCUAGCGAUCUCAAAUAG